AUCUCAUUAUCACCCGCUUCGGAAUUGGGGGUCCAACUGCAAUUAUGUUAGCGCGCAUAUUGCUCAUUUAACGGUCGUUCUAUGUGGUCACUUGCUUUAGAAUAGCGUUUGUUGUUGAGUAUUUUGUUGCUCUAAUAGUCUCCCCGCAUCAUGGAUCUCCUUUUACAAACGCUCGGUAGCGGCGAGGGGCCGGAUAAUGCAAACAACGAUGGAGAUAUGGUCAAGGAGCUCUUCGCCAAGUUCAACAAUCCCACAGCGAGUCGUGAGGAAGAGCUUGAGCCGCAAUCAGUAUCUGAGCCUUCUGUCACGGUUGAAAUCCCAGCCACAUCAACCAGUGAUCUGUCGCAGUACGAGUUUCUUCCCGGACAUUUUGACGUCCGCUAUGUCAUUAGUGAAAUAUCCGAGGCAGAUGCUGGACUGAGCUAUCAGGUGAAGCUGCAGAGUGGUGAAACUGAAACUAUGUCCUUCGCGCAACUACAGUCCCUCCAGAACGGUCCCGAGUCUCUCUCCAACUUCCUCAACUACGGACCAGAUCACUACAUCUCCUCUCGGUCAGCUUCAGCUGUUCCUUCCGAAAAACAGUCUCCCUCUUCUGAGUCAGAUAUACCCGAUAUGAGGCGUUCCCGGCGCACUACUCGUGGUCAACGAUCUGGUUUCACAGCAUUCUUUGAGGCCAUCAGCAGUGAUGAAGGAACCCGCCGCACCAGAAGGAAGAGGUCGCCUUCAAGCGAGGACAUAAUUGCGUCUUCAGGGGCUACCUCUAAGAAGCGUCGAGUCUUGCGACGCCGCGAAAAGCAUACGCGUUCGGUCGUCUCGCUUUCCGAUGAAAGCGAUUAUAGUGCACCCAACGGCACACGGCAUUCUACAAGGACGCGGAAGUCAAAGAAGAGAAGCUUGCGCGAGAGGAAUGAAGAUGACAUUUCAGAUGCUGAGGAUGCUCCUCGGAUGCAGAAGUUCUUUGGGGCUAAAGAGUUCUUUCGCAAAGUCCCAGAGCAUGAUACAUUUCGCCAACGCCAUAGGAAUGUAUGCGAAGUCUGCCACAUCAUUGGCGAUGACUACGCGAAAGGCCCUCUGGUUUUCUGUCAAGGAUGUACGAGCGCCAACCACCAAGGGUGUCUCGGUCCACGCUCUGCGCGAGAACAUCUUGUCACAAAAGUGGCUGAAGAUUUAUUUCUUCUCCAGUGCCGGCGCUGUCUGGGUAUUUCUCAUGCCAAGGACCCCUCUAACCCACAUCAAGGCCGCUGUUCAAUUUGCAAUAUCAAAGGGAAUAUGUCUAAACCGAUCCGGGAGCGUCUGACACCCAAGCAGGAGCAACAACUCCGGCAGCAGAAUGAUGGUAAAGAUCCUAUAACGCCCUUUGACAUGUCCCGGGUCAACGACGUCGAGAACCUGCUCUUCCGCUGCACCACCUGCCGCAGAGGCUUCCACUUCGAACACUUAUCCGAAAUAACGCACAUGACAUGGCAGUGUGAGAGUUGUGCAUCAGUACCUGGAGAAGUUGGCGCGAUAGUCGCAUGGCGCCCUGUGGUCCACAAGUCAGAUGCCGCGAAGGGAGCAGAUAGGGAGUACCUUAUCAAGUGGAAGAAUAAGUCCUACAACCACACCACCUGGAUGCCGGGCAGCUGGGUUUGGGGCUUUGUGAAUCAUCACAUGCGACGUGCCUUUAUGAGGUCAGAUAAAAGCCUCGAACCCUGUAUGACCGCCGAGGAAGCAAUUCCUGAGGACUUCUUACUCGUGGACAUUGUCUUUGAUGUAAGAUUCUCCGGCACCUCGCCUGACACAGGCCGCAAACGUACCUUCGAAGAAGACGUUGCACGUGUGGAUGAUGUGGUAGAAAUGUACGUCAAAUUCAAAGGUUUACCGUAUGAGGAGGUCACCUGGGACACGCCUCCCGAGCGCAGCAGCAACCCUGAGAGGUGGGAGAGUUACCGAGCUGCAUACGAAGACUGGGUCAAAAGGGAGUAUACUCACAUACCCAACCAAGACAACCUCAGACGGCGUAUUGCUCACGUUCGGAAGCAAAACUUCAGCUCCAAUGUUGUCAAAAGUGGGCAGCCAGAGACAAUGACAGGCGGACAGAUCAUGGAUUAUCAGAAGGACGGACUUGACUGGCUCUACUACAUGUGGUACAAACAGCAAAACGCUAUCUUGGCUGAUGAAAUGGGUCUCGGUAAGACCAUUCAGGUCAUCGGCCUAAUCGCAACCCUUGUUCAAUAUCAUAAAUGCUGGCCUUUCCUGAUUGUUGUGCCAAAUUCGACGUGCCCGAAUUGGCGGAAGGAGAUCAAAACAUGGGUUCCCUCACUGCGGGUAGUCACAUACUAUGGAUCGGCAUUCUCGCGGAAGUUAGCACAAGACUAUGAAAUGUUCGCUGAUGACGAUACAAGCCUUCGGUGCCACGUUGUCGUAGCUUCGUACGAAACCCUUGUCGACGACGCAUCCCGAAGACUGCUAUCGAAAGUACCUUGGGCUGGCCUCAUCGUGGACGAGGGGCAACGGCUAAAGAACGAUAAAAGUCAACUGUACGAUGCAUUGUCACGAAUUAAAUUUCCUUUCAAGAUUCUUUUGACGGGCACUCCCCUCCAGAAUAACAUAAGAGAGCUUUUUAAUUUGUUGCAAUUCUGUGAUCCGUCUAAGAGGGCAGAUGACCUCGAAAACGUGUAUGGGGAUUUAUCAAAGGAGAAUAUACUUGAACUACAUAAUAUGAUUCGUCCAUUCUUCUUGCGACGGACAAAAGCCCAGGUGCUCAGUUUUCUUCCCCCAGUGGCACAGAUUAUUGUCCCUGUUUCGAUGACUACGGUGCAGAAGAAACUGUACAAAUCCAUAUUGGCUAAGAACCCUCAGCUUAUCAAGGCAAUCUUCCAGAGGAAAGAAGGCACCCGUGCCUUGAAACAGACUGAAAAGCAUAAUCUCAACAAUAUCUUGAUGCAGCUGCGGAAAUGCCUAUGUCAUCCGUUUGUUUACAGCAGGGCCAUCGAAGAAAAAACGAGCAACGCUGCCGUUUCGCAUCGACAUUUGGUAGAUGCAGCUGCCAAGUUCCAGCUAUUGGAACUAAUGCUGCCCAAACUCAAGAACCGCGGCCACAGGGUUCUGAUAUUCAGUCAAUUCCUUGAGAAUCUGGACAUCAUUGAAGAUUUUCUGGAAGGUGUCGGUUUAAUGUAUCUUCGCCUCGAUGGGAGAAUGUCAUCGCUCGAGAAACAAAAGACUAUCGAUGCAUACAAUGCCGAAGACUCACCGUACUUUGCAUUCCUCCUAUCAACUCGAUCUGGUGGCGUUGGAAUUAACCUAGCUACCGCUGAUACUGUAAUUAUUAUGGAUCCCGAUUUCAACCCACAUCAGGAUAUGCAGGCAUUGUCCCGUGCUCAUCGCAUAGGACAAAAGAACAAGGUCCUCGUCUUUCAGCUCAUGACCCGGGCAAGUGCCGAAGAGAAGAUCAUGCAGAUUGGCAAGAAGAAAAUGGUUCUUGACCAUGUCCUCAUUGAUCGCAUGGUUUCGGAGGAAGACGAUGGACGAGACCUGGAGACCAUUCUGCGGCACGGUGCUCAGGCCUUGUUUGAUGACGAUGACUCUGGCGACGUCCGCUACGAUCCGGAAUCGGUUGACAAACUUCUUGACCGCAGUCAAGCCGAGCAAGCUAGCACACCCGAUGACAGCAAUCAGGGUAACCAGUUCAGUUUUGCUCGGGUUUGGGCGAACGAUAACCAGAAUCUCGAGGAUCAACUGCAGAACGUGGAGGAAGAGCCUGCGCCAAGUGCAGAUGUUUGGGAAAAAAUCCUGCGGGAGCGAGAGCAGGCAGCUGCUGAGGAAGCCAGACGAAAGGCUGAAACCCUUGGUCGUGGGAAACGUAAACGGACUGCUGUGGAUUAUGCGAACGAUACUUUAAUGGAGCUGUCGCCUAACAAAGACCGCCAUGCUCGUGAGGAGGUGGAAAGUGACAGGGAGUUCAGAGCGGACGACGCAAUGGAAUCAGAAUCCGAUUUUGCGCCCGAGCUGGAUUCCGACGACAUGGACCAGGUCGCAAAAGUGCGUGCUUUCCAACGCGUUACCAAGCAGAAUCUACCGCCCCCGUUAGAUGGCAAUGUAGACCCCGUCCUCCAUCCGGGGCCACCCUGUUUAGCGUGCAACCGGGUCCACGUAGUUGGACAUUGCCGCCUGAAGAUGGCAGGCGUCGAACACUGUCCUCUGUGCGGGCUUGCCCAUUAUGGGUAUUCGCGUACAUGUCCGCACUUGCGGUCAGAUACUCAAGUUGCCAGAAUGCUUGCCGCUCUGAAGCAAAGUACUGAGGACCGUGAACUUGUCCAGCUAGCUAAAAAGUACUUGAAUGGGGUCCGUGGGGACCUUGCACAGCGUAAGAGGAAGCAAGCCAGUAAGGCUGCAUCGAGUCUCACAAAUCCUGGCAUACCCACCACCGAUUCGAAUGCCAGUGCUGCUGUGACGACGAACUCUCCGAUGAUCGAUCUUACCGCACAACAUACCACACAGGCCACACAUGAGGCACCUAGUGCCGUUGGCGCGACCACCACCUCCAUCAUCGAUCUCACCUCAAACGAUGGCACACGGCAGUCGACAUACCAGCAACCAGCAUGGGCCCCCCCUUCAGCCAUUUCGCAAUCCUUAUAGAUAUUCGGGACAUGAACCAUAGUUAGUAUUAAGACAGCGAGGAGUUGAUGGUGCAUGGAUCAAAAGCAUAUACGGGGAUUCUUCGGGGUUAUUGGGCGUACGGGCUGCAAUCUUGCAUCGCUAUGGAUGCAUGUACAUACAUAGUACAU